UUGUUGUUUUGUUUUAAAGGUUAGUGUCAGUAUUAGAGCUUCUUGCAAUGGACCUCAAGCCAGCUGACGUAACAAGAGUGGCCAGAAUAUCCAGGAUCUUUGACCGUAAGACAAGAGCUAACCACCCGCCAACUCUAAGCAUGGUGAUUGAAGCUCUGAAGGCCCAAAAUGAGAAAAAGGGCACUUCUGUCAUAGCCAUCAAGCGCUACAUCCUUGCCAAGUACCCAGCUGUUGACCCAAUAAGGCUAAAAUACCUGCUGAAGAAGGCCCUGACUAAAGGUCUUGACCAUGGCUACCUGAUCAGACCCCAGAACUCUUUGGCAUUAGGGGCAACUGGAAGGUUCAAGCUAGCAUCAGAAAAGCCCAAGCUUAAAAAAACCUCUAGAAACAUGGAUCCAGCUGGAGAAAAGGCUCCUAAAUCAGAAAAGAAGGUGGCAAGGAAACCCAAAGCCAAGGUGACUGCUGACAAAAAAGCAGGAAGUAAAGAUGCGAAGGAGGAGAAACCAAAACCUGUGAGCAAGAAACCCAAGGCAAAAUCCACUAAUGCCCAGCCCAAAGCUCCUGCUAAGCUGAAGACACCCAGUGAUGCUCGAAACAUUGUGAAAGGUGACAAGAAACAAAGUACAAAACAGGCACCUCAAGCCAGGGUGGUUGGGACCAAGAAAGCCACCUCCAAAGGGAAGCCCGCCUCAGAAGCAGAUGGUGCCUCCAAAGCAGAGGCAGAGCAUGGAGACAAGAUCAGCACUUCCAAAGCCAAGGGGGCAGCUCCUGGGGCCACGGGGGCUACAAAAGCAAAGGUGGCUAAAGGUGGAAAUGGGCCGGCCAAAGCAAAGGCCGCUGGUGGGACAAAGAAAACCUCUGCCAAAGGGAAGCCUGAGGCAAAGGGCCCUGUGAAAGGCAAGGGGAAGAAACCUGAGGCAGCCACAGGCUCUCUGCUCAGCAAAGAGAAGGAUGCAGGAGAAGAUAAAGCCUCUAAAACCGGCAGCAAGUUUAGCAAGAAAGCAAACUAGGGCUUCCCUGCACUGAAGAGACAACUGCUUUGGGUGGGGGAAGGGGCACGUGUGCAAAAUGGCUGUCCCCAGCCUGAGGAACAUGGCAGCUCUGUCUCCCAGUUCCAGAUGGGGCCCAAACAAUGUUUUUAAACUAUGCUGAAGUGUGCUCCAGUCACUGCUGUUAACAUCUCUUUUAAUCUCUGGUGAACUAAGCUAACUGAUUUUAAUCUUUUGUGUCUUUUUUUCAAUAAAGUUACUGUAUCC